AUGGCCUCGUCUGCCGAUAGCUCCCCCAGCGAUGGCAUCACCGGGGGCUACACAGGCACUGACCUGGGCCUGGAAAUCGCCAUGGCGACUUUCACGGGCAUAGCCUGGUACAAUGCCAUCGAGCUGCUGGUGCUUAUCUUUGUGACGUUCCAGCGAUAUCACGGCCUCUACUUUUGGAGUUUGCUGGUAUCUUCAGCCGUUGGUGUAAUCCCCUAUUCAAUGGGGUUCUUGAUGAAGUUUUUCCAGCUUACUUCUGCCACCUGGCUGUCAGUCACGUUUCUGACUAUUGGUUGGUAUGCGAUGGUCACGGGUCAGUCCAUGGUGUUGUAUUCCAGACUGCAUUUAUUGAAUCAGAAUACAAAGAUUCUCAGACCAGUGCUAUCGAUGAUCAUCGUCAAUGCUAUACUGCUGCACAUCCCGACGACUGUCUUGACGUACGGAUCCAACUUUGACAGCUACAAUCAGCACUUCAUAGCUGGGUAUAACGUCAUGGAGAAAAUCCAGAUGACUGGCUUCUGUUUGCAAGAAUUCAUUCUCUCGGGUAUCUACAUCUACGAGGCUGUCGGUCUACUCAAAGCGAAUCCGGAACAUGGCAGCCGCAAAAUUAUGUAUCAACUUCUCUGCAUCAAUCUUCUCAUCAUCACGAUGGACAUCGGGCUGCUCGUGGUUGAAUACCUAAACCUAUACACUGUCGAAACAACACUCAAAGGCGCAGUCUAUAGCAUCAAACUCAAACUCGAGUUUGCAGUGCUCGGAAAACUAGUGCAUAUUGUCCGAACACACAGCUGGAAACCAGAAACAAUAAUUCAGGGCCACGCAACAGACGUCUUCCCGGACUUUGUCGAUGCCACCCGCGUCACAUCCGAUGUCACACAUGCCACGUCACAUCCGCAGAGCUCCCAUAACAACGCCCCUUUUUAUAACCAUGACGACGUCUCCAUUGCCAUGUUUGAGCAUUCUGCCCCAUCUCCAGAAGUCGGCAGACCGCGGCCUUCCAUAACGUCAGAGUCGUGGAGUGGAGAGACACGGACGAAUCGUGUUGAUGCAACAGCUGGGUUGGGGGUAGUCGAUUUCGGGGAUAUGUCGCUUCAUCCCGAUGGCCAUAAUUAUCAUCCGGGAUGA